AUGACCUCAACGACUUUGGCAGGUGCUCCAGUACCCGUUGUAAGCCCAACCGUUGGAGACUCUCUCGGCCUUGAAAUCGUUACACUCAUUGUUGGACCGAAGAGAAAAGAGUUUGCAGUGCACAAGAAGCUCAUAUGCGACUCAUGCGAUUACUUUAAAAAAGCAUUUUGUGGCCCAUUCCUAGAAGGCACCGAGGGCAAGAUCUAUUUUCCAGAAGACGGUUCAGAUGCGGUGGCACUAUUCGUUGAAUGGUUACAUAGACGUAAAUGGCCAAUCAAUCGGACUCACGCACAAUUCGAUACAUUUAUAAAGCUUUACCUGUUGUCGGAAAAAUGGUGUUUUUAUCGGUUGAGAAAUAUAGUCAUCAAUGGCAUCAAAUAUCACUUCUGGCUGUCAGACGAAGAACCCAGCUAUGUGAACCAUUUACUACUAGACGUCGUCAACUAUAUCUGGAAUCAGACCGAGGAUAAGUCACCAUUGAGACUGCUUUGCAUCAAGAGAUUGGCUUGGUUCUAUCACGACGAGACAACACCUAACAUCAUUCCUGGUAGAGAUGACUUGAAGCAACUCUGGGUAGUUUGUAAAGAGUAUAGCAGCUUCUUCGAAGAUUUCUUUGCAUACUUCCAGAAUUUCACUAAGGAUACGAAGCCAUCAAAUCCAGGUCGUGUAAGAGAGAAUGGAAGAUGUGUAGUCGAAAUCUGUUCAUAUCAUCGCCAUGGUGAAAGAGAAGGAUGUGCAAAGCUAACAGAGGCAGAGAAAGACAAGAAACAGAAUGGUGGGCUACAGAGACAUGAAUUUUUCGCAGAUUUGCUGGAGUAG